AUGGCGGACUACGACGUCAUCAUCAUCGGCGCGGGCAUCUCCGGCAUCAACGCGGCAUACCGGCUCCAGACCGAACUGCCUCACUACCGCUACACCAUCCUCGAGGCCCGCGACCAGCUCGGCGGCACCUGGGACCUCUUCAAGUAUCCCGGGAUCCGGUCCGACUCGGAUCUGUUCACCUUCGGGUUCGCCUGGCACCCGUGGGACCAAGACAAGCCCAUCGCCGAGGGCCCGCUCAUUGUCGACUAUCUGACGCGCACGACGCAGCGCUAUGGCAUCGACCGCCGCAUCCAGUACCAGCACCGGGUGCGCGGCGCGGACUGGUCCUCGGCAGACCACACCUGGUCCCUGACGGUGGAACCGCCGGCGGCGGGCGACGACCACCCGCACCCCCCGAUGAAGGUGCUCUCGGCGCGCUUCCUCAUCUUCGCCACGGGGUACUACGACUACCACACGCCGUUGCCGGCCGACAUCCCCGGCCUGGACACCACCUUCCAGGGCCAGGUCGUCCACCCGCAGUUCUGGCCCGAGGACCUCGACUACACGGACAAGCGCAUCGUGGUGAUCGGCUCCGGCGCGACGGCCAUCACGCUGCUCCCGAAGCUCGCCGAGCGGGCCGCGCACGUCACCAUGCUCCAGCGCAGCCCGACCUACAUCCUGACCAUGCCCAACCGCGAGCAGCGCGGGUGGUCCCUCCUCAUCGCCCUGCUGUUCCCGGCCGCCAUCGCGCGCCGUCUCCAGCGGCUCUCGUGGCUGCUGACGUCGCGGCUGUUCUUCCUCUUCUGCCACGCGUUCCCCCUCCUCGCGCGCUUCCUGCUGCGGCUCUCCGUCACGCGCCAACUGCCCGCGUCCACCCCCUACGACCCGCACUUCAACCCGCGCUACAACCCCUGGGACCAGCGGCUCUGCGUGUGCCCGGACGGCGACUUCUUCCGCGCCCUGCACACGGGCCGCGCCGCCGUGAAAACCGCCACCAUCCAAGCCGUCACGCCCGCGGGCAUCCAGCUCCACUCCGCCGAGUUCCUGCCCGCGGACAUCAUCGUGCCCGCCACGGGGCUCCGCCUGCAGAUCGCCGGCGGGGUCUCGGUCACCGUCGACGACAGCAGCCCGGCCUUCCUCCUCCGCGACAAGUUCAUCUGGCACGGCAUGAUGCUGCAGGACCUGCCCAACGUCGCCUUCAUGAUCGGGUACACCAACGCCUCGUGGACCCUGGGUGCCGACGCCACCGCCCGCGCCGUGUGCCGCCUGCUCCAGUCGCUGGACCGCCGCGGGUGCGCCGCGGUCGUGCCCCGGGCUCCGGCGGAACUGCAGCCGCGGCGCCUGCUGAAUCUGAGCUCGACGUAUGUCGUCCGCGCGGAGAAGGACCUGCCGCGCGCGGGGGACCGUGGGCCCUGGGUGGCGCGGGAUAACUAUUGGCGGGAUCUGUGGUUUGCGAAGUGGGGGGAUCUCGACGAGGCGAUGGAGUUUCUGGGGGGGAAGAAGGAUCUAUAG